AAAUAGAGAGAGAGAGAGAGAGAGAGAGAGAGAGAGAGAGAGAGAGCUUAUUAAGAAAGACAUUGGAGAGAUAAAACUCUGUAGUGUCCAUAUUUUUCAUUAAAGCCUCAUAUGACUCAAAAACAUGGGCUGUGUGUUUAUGUGCCCUGCUGUCACCCCUAAACAACUGCAUCUGAGACAGCCAUCCUCUUCCUUCUCUCAUUUCUUGUCAUGACUGAGUAAACUUACUCCCUUUGUCUUUCACAGAAAAAGUCCAAGAAAAUAUAGGCUCAGGUUUUAUAGAAAAAUCAAAACUGAUCCAGUCAAAGUAGAUUUACAGGAAUGUAUACUCAUCCUCUAAAACCUCAUUUUCUUAUUUAGAGAAAUCCUUUUUCUAGGUCCUAGAAAGUUAAAUUCCUGGUACACAAAAAGUAGAGGAUUGGGAGCUAAGCUUUCUUAGCUGACUUAAGAAUCUUCUGCAGAAUUUCUGUGAAAUUCUUAACUAUUGACUUACGAAGACUUUAUGUCUAAAUAGUAACUGCAAUGUUUAUUUUUUUAAAUGAAAUAUGUUUAAAAAGACUCCAGGAAAACAUUUUUAAAGUUAUUAUUGGAUGGAAGGAAUAUGGGGCGGAGUUGGCCUUAGAGAAAUGAUAGCAGCAUUAGUAAAAAGGAUUUUAUAAAGCACAUGCUGGGCUCAAGUCAGUAUAGCUCCAAAAGACAGGACUGAGCAAGAAGAUCAGAAAGACAAAAUGAACGAUGUGAAGCUUGCUGUCUUGGGUGGCGAAGGAACAGGCAAAUCUGCACUUACAGUAAGGUUUCUUACCAAGCGAUUCAUUGGAGAAUAUGCUUCUAAUUUUGAAUCUAUCUAUAGUAAGCAUUUGUAUUUGGAAGGGAAGCAACUGAACCUGGAAAUAUAUGACCCUUGUUCUCAACCAAAGAAAGCAAAAUUUUCCCUCACAAGUGAACUGCAUUGGGCAGAUGGGUUUGUUAUUGUGUAUGACAUCAGUGACAGGUCCUCAUUUGCUUUUGCAAAAGCACUGGUCUACAGAAUUCGGGAGCCACAAACUAGUCAUUGUAAAAGAGCUGUGGAAUCAGCGGUGCUUCUGGUUGGUAACAAGCAAGAUCUCUGUCACGUGCGAGAGGUUGGCUGGGAAGAAGGGCAAAAGCUGGCAUUGGAUAACCGCUGCCAAUUCUGUGAAUUAUCUGCAGCAGAGCAGUGUCUGGAGGUAGAGAUGAUGUUUAUCAGAAUUAUCAAGGACAUCCUGACAAACUUCAAACUCAAAGAAAAGAGAAGACCCAGUGGAUCUAAAUCAAUGGCUAAACUGAUCAAUAAUGUAUUUGGAAAGAGACGGAAAUCUGUUUAGCAGACAUGUAAUCCUAGGGGAUUUAUUAUAUCAGAGAGUUUUAAAUAUUCACAUGAUAAUGAAAUUUGCCCUUUGUAUGCAUUAAAAAAAUAGUUCUCUUAGAGAUAUGAACUGACUGAACAUAAACCACAGCUGUGUUUUCAAAUAUAUAUAUAGCUUGCCGUUUGGUUGUUUGUGUCUUGUACACUCAUGCUUCACACCCAGCCUUUUCCUUAUUACAGAAAAUGGCACUCGCUAUAACUUACCAAGGCAUUGCUGUAUAGUUUGCUUGUAUAACUGCUUAAUGAUUUUAUUAAACUACCUCCACAGGCCUCA